AUGGAUCCAAAAGAAGAAGAGAAAUUACUUCGAUGGUAUAAUGAGGUGGAAUCUGAAGAAUCAAACCUAAAAAGUAGUCAGAAUUACAAUAUAGAUGAGAAAGAUGAGGAGAUUGAGUCUGAAGCUGAAGAGAGUAGUAGGCAAACAACUAGAGAUUUAGAUCGUCAAAGCAUCCAUGACGACAAUAAACUUGGAGAGAGUAGUGGAGAGACAAGUAAAAAUCGUGGUCAUCCAAAUCGUCGUCAGUACCAAGAUCUAGAAAGCGACGAGGAGGAGCCAUUUCCUGCCUCUGACUCAGAGUAUGAGCCUAGCUCUGAAUCAGAAACGGAGUCUGAGCAAGAAUCCGAAAUUGAUGAUAACGAUGAAGACGUGGAUGGAGAUGUCAAUCAACCGACCAUAAUAGCAUGGAAUGAAGUGGAUGGGACGUCUUUGAAGCAGUUUACUUUUAUUGAUUCAGGACAAAUAAAUAUGUACUGCUCGAAAGCCUGCCAGGAAGAUGCAGAACUAAAUGAAAAACUUCUGGAGAAUGCCCAGCUAUUAGAGAAAGAAAAUGAAGAGCUGCUGCAGGUAUUGGAACAGAGAGAUGAUUACAUUAACAGAACAAUAACAAUAAAAGAACAAAUAAAUACAGAUGCCAUAGAGAUGGAAGAAUUCUUCACGAGACAGCUGGAAGAAAGAAUAAGUCGAAUAAACCUUGGAAAGCCAAAAAAGUGA